AUGGUGCAAUCAAACGGAGCCAUCACCAGCACUAUUCUGAAAGCUCGAUUCGCCGAUGACGUGCGCAAGUCAUCGCUUCAUCAUGCCAACGAUUUGACAUUAAUUGAUUUGGUGCUCAAUGUGCAACGUAUUUUUGCUCUACCUUCAGACGCUAACUUCUUACUUAAAUAUAAGGAUCAAGACGGUGAUUUGGUGUCAUUAACCAGUGACCACGAUCUUCUUUUGGCGUUAAACACUGUUGGAGCUACUCUCGAUGUGACUGUUGUUGUCGACUCGAGAGCCCAUGAUUUAGUGCAAGACGUACAGAGACAAGUCGAGCAGAUAAAGCUCGACGUUGGGAAACUCCUUGGCGCAUUGUCUUCUCUCGACAAUCUGGCCUCUUUAGUUGAUAAUUCUUCAUCAUCAACGGCUCAUAUUUCUUCUAUCGCUGCUCCACCACAACCAACUCACCAUGACAACAUCGUACUCCAGAAGAGCUACGAAGCUGCCCCACCAUCUCCAGUUCCAUCUGAGAAACCUGAGCUUCCAGCAACCAUUCAGCCGUCCGUUCAAGAGCAUUUCAAUCAUCGUCCAGCUCACGUUGAGGAGGAAAUUCCACUGGAAAACAGCUUCCAUGCGCCACCAGCUUCCACCGGAGCACCAGCAUCUUUGGAAUCGCUGAACUCGAGUUUCUGUCAACCCCCCGUUGAGAGCUUCGGAGCUAUUCCUCCAUCAAAUGCCACAAUCCCAUCCUUCCCAACUUCCAAUGCGGCCCUUCCACCAAUUCAACAUGAGCAACAAUUCACACAAGCGCCACCCCAACCAUUCCAGGCACCACCUCCCCAGUCUCACUCAUCGAUUUCGUCGACCCCAGUUCAACAGGGACCACCACAAGGUGGACCACAGUAUGGAGCACCACCAACUCCUCAGAACUUCGGAGGGCCACCACCAUCGGGACCACCAUCUGAAUACGGAGGAUAUGCUCAACCACCUCAACAACAAAAUCCACCACAACAGUUUGGUGGGCCAGGCGGGCCACCACAGGGACAGUUUGGAGCCCCGCCACAGGGACCUCCGCAGUUUGGAGCCCCGCAUCCACAAGGUCCACCACAGUUCGGUGCCCCAUCUCCGCAAGGACCACAAUUCGGAGCCCCAUCGCCUCAAGGACCACCACAGUUUGGAGGGCCAAAUGGACCAUCACCACCACAAGGACAGUUUGUGAGCCCACCCCAACAAGGAUUCGCUCCACCACCGCCAGUCUCCCAAGCUCCAGGAAACUUUGCUCCGCCACCACCAUCAGGAACCCCUGGAGCUUUUGCACCACCACCGUCAGGCUUUGGAGGACCGCAAGGACCACCACAAGGCGGACCUGUGGGAUACGGACCACCAGGAGGUCCAGGAGCUUUUGCCCCACCACCAUCAUCGUUUGGUGGGCCUGGAGGACCACCACAAGGCCCCCCUCAAGGAGGACCACCGACUGGAUUCCCACCAGCUGGGGCUGGAGCCCCAGGAGGGAAUCCAUUCGCGCGGGGGCCAGGGGGACCAGGUUAUCGUCAAUCUCCGUAUCAUCAAUAG